CACGAUAUAUCCCACAAGGCUGGCUGGCUGACAGGCAGGCAGUCAGGCACGCAGGAAACAAUCAAAACCAUCCAUCCUCUCUCUUCCUUUCUCCCUCUUUCUCUAUCAUUACCACCCAUUUUUGAACCCAUUUCUUCCCUUUCAAAGGGAUACUUCGAGACCAGAAAGGAGAACAACAAUGAAGGUGUACGAGGAGAGUGGUUGCUUUGAUCCUCACUCCCUCACAGAUUGUCAGGAACUGAUGGGGUUGCCAGGGGCCACCCCCACCAACUGUCACAACAGUUUGGAAGACACCCUUACUGUCUCUUCUUACAAUCACCAUCACCAUGAGGAUGCCUCCGCCGCCUUGGAUAUGGAACCCCAGCAACACUACUUGCUUGAUAAUACUACCAACAGUCAUUCCCAUUUGAUUCCCUAUCUAACUCAGGACCUUCCUUAUGAUCAGUCCCAUUGGGAACGUUUCAAUGUGGUGCCAUCUUCUUCAUCCCCAGAAGCUGCUACCGCCGCCGCCGCCGCCGCCGGUGCUUACACUCCUACACCUGACCUUCUCAGCCUUUUCCAUUUACCUAGAUGCUCUUUCCUCCCUAAUCCCUCCAUUUCCUUUGAAACCACCCCUGGCUCCCCUUCUGUUGUGUACGACCCACUUUUCCAUCUCAACCUGCCUCCUCAACCUCCUGUUUUCAGGGAGCUGCUGCAGUCUCUGCCGCAUGGCUACACCGUUCCAGCUGAUGACAAAGAUGCCGCUGGGGUUGGAGGACUUUAUCAUGAUGGGGACAAUGGCAUAAUUCAGUUCACCAGGGACAUCUCUAUGGCAGGCCGUGCCAAAGACAGGGAUAAAGCUGGCAAAACCACCAAACACUUUGCCACUGAGAGGGAAAGGAGAGUCCAUCUAAAUGACAAGUACCAGGCUUUAAGGACCAUGGUCCCUAGUCCCACCAAGAAUGAUAGAGCAUCCAUAGUUGACGAUGCUAUAAAGUACAUCAAGGAACUUCUUGGAACUGUUCGUGAGCUUAAAAUACUGGUGGACAAAAAGAGAUGCGGCCAAGAAAGGAGCAAAAGGCUUAAGACUGAAGAUGCGGCUAGUGCUGCUGAUGCAGGGGAUGUUGAGUGCAAGCCUUUAGGUGAUCCAGACCAAUGCUAUAAUACUUCCUUGAGGAGCUCUUGGCUUCAAAGGAAGUCUAAGGAUUCUGAGGUUGAUGUACGCAUCGUUGAUGACGAAGUUACCAUCAAACUUGUUCAAAGAAAGAAGAUCAACUGCUUGCUGUUUGUGUCCAGACUCCUUGAUGAGCUUCAGUUGGACCUCCAACAUGUUGCUGGUGGCAACAUUGGUGACUAUUACAGCUUUCUCUUCAACACCAAGAUAUACGAAGGCUCUUCGGUUUAUGCUUGUGCCAUAGCCAACAAGCUCAUCGAUGUCGUGGAUAGACAGUAUGCAGCUGCUCCACCAACUAGCAGUACUUCUCUCUAGUUUAGCAGUGAUGGAAGGGGUUCCAUGUUUUAUGUUUCUGUUUCAAUGGAAAUGAACAACUUCAGUUGUUGAGUUAUCAAGCAUUUCUUUGAAUAGUACUGUUAAUCAAGGAUUCCAUGAUGCCACUCUAUUUUCAAAGUAUUGAUAUAUAGAUGCACUAGAUAUGGUUUUUUA